AUGGAUCCAUCAGAUGACCUAGACGAAGAUGAUGAGCUUCUUGACGCUGCUAUCCAACUGAGCAUUCAAGAAUCAUUUAAAGAUAUUACCUCCCCUGGAAGUAUGGAAUAUGAAAAGAUCUUGGAUGCAAUUUCUAGAGGUGACCUCUUUGCUCUUCAGGACCUGGCUGAUUAUCCUGAUGCAUUCACUGAGGUGGAUAGCAGGGGCUGGUACCCAUUGCAUAGGGCUGCGGUUCAGCAGUCUGUGCAGGUGUUGGAGAUGGUACUUUAUGCUUCUUACAGGUUAACUUUAGAGGAGGAAACUGCAGAUGGAGAGACACCAUUGAUUUUGGCUAUAAAAGCUGGGCUGGUGGAGAUUGUUAGGACUCUGCUAGAGCAUGGAGCUUCACCUAACAAGAUGAAUAGCAAGAACGAGUCUCCUCUAUUGCUAGCUGUAAGAACAGACUCAUUUGAUAUUGCUUAUACACUUUUAUCACGAGGAGUGAACCAAGCCUGCCUUAAAAAGUGGACAGCCAUUCAUGAGGCGGCCAAAGUUGGCUGCAUUGACAUCCUUCAGCUCCUGUUAAAACAUGGAGGUAACGUCUCAGAGACAGACCAGAACGGAGUGACGCCCAUGGCGAUUGCUGCAGAGUAUGCCCAAGCAGAAGUUCUGGAUAUCCUGAUUCAAUAUGGUGGUGAUGUAAAUGCUCAGGCGCCAAAUGGAGACAGUGUGCUGUAUGAUGCUGCUGGUUCUGGAAAUCCUGACUGCAUUAAGCUUCUUCUUCAACAUGGGGCCAAUCCCAACAUUGCUAAUCUCUCAUCACAGCUUCCCAUCCACCACGCAGCCUACGAAGGGCAUUACCUGGUGCUGAGAAUGCUAAUCCCCAUAACCACAAGUAAAGCUCUCCAUCUCUCAGGCCAGAGCCCCAUUCAUUCAGCAGCAGAUGGAGGCCACGUACUGUGCCUGGAGCUCCUGGUGGACAAAGGCUUUGAUGUCAAUGCACUCCUAGACACUCACAUCUCUGAGAAGUAUGGAGACAUGAGACGGACUGCCUUGUACUUUGCUGUUUCCAAUGGAGAUGUGACCUGCACCCAGAUGUUGUUAAACACAGGAGCCCAAACUGAGCUAGAUCCUCUGCGCUGCCUCAUAGUGGCAGUGAGGGCUGGGAGGUACGAGAUUGUCAAAAUGCUCCUGGCCAAACAGGCGGAUGUGAACUGUUACUUUGCAGUGGUCAAUGACACAGUGUUCCCUACUGCAUUACAAUACUGCCUGAAUGAUGAAAUGAUGAUGAGACUGCUGCUAAACAGUGGUUAUAAUGCUGAAAAAUGUUUCAGUUGUCAUCAUGAUUCAACAUGGGGUCACCACUCAGAACAUACCAGCGAGAAGGUCCCAUUUUGUGAUUUCAUCAGCGUCUCUUGGCUGUUCUCAGGAAAUGCCGUGCAGGUUCUCUUGAACUAUGUCAGUCAUAUUCCCAUCUGUUCAAAGCUAAAAAUGAUAUUGAAGGGGCAUAAGGUGUGGCCUGAAAUUUCAGAAAAAUUGGGAAGCCCUCGAUCUCUGAAACACCUGUGCAGGCUAGUUAUCAGAAGAGAGAUGACCUCAUGCAGGCUGGAUGACCCAAAGUUCAUAAAAUCAGGUCCUUUCCCACCAGGACUGAAAGGCUACCUGAUGUACAAAGAGUAUGAUUUAUAUGGAAGAAUUAGAUGUCAGGAGGAGUGA